AUGGAGCAACAAGUAGCAAGGCUCGUAGACAAGGCCUGGGACAAUUUCCAAAGGACGCCGGCCGACCGGCGCCUCCUGAUUGGAAUCUCGGGCAUACCGGGCUCAGGAAAAACAACCCUUUCCCAGAUGGUCACAACUCGCCUCAACGCCCGCAGCGCGACCCUUGACCCAUCUGACCCUUCCCGCGCGGCGCGACCACUGGCAGCCUUCGUCCCCAUGGAUGGGUACCACCUCACCCGCGCUCAGCUCUCAGCCAUGCCAGACCCGGACACCGCCCACGCCCGCCGCGGCGCCGUAUACACCUUUGACGGCGCAGCCUUUCACAGACUCGUCAAUUCCCUUCGCGAGCCCCUGCGCGCCGACUCCUCCCCGGUCUACGCCCCGAGCUUCGACCACGCCAUCAAGGAUCCCAAAGCCAACGACAUCGCUGUCCAGCCCUACCACCGCAUUGUCAUCUUUGAGGGAAACUACCUCGCUCUCGACAAGCCGCCGUGGAGCGACGCUGCGAAGCUUAUGGACGAGCUUUGGUUCGUAGAUGUCGACUUCGAGGUGGCGAGAAAACGCCUGGUUCACAGACACGUCAAGGCCGGUAUUGCCAAGGACGAGAUCGAGGCCGAUAAGAGAGCAAGGGAGAAUGACUUAGUCAACGGAAAGGAAAUUGUAGACUACCGUCUAGAUGUUCAUGAGGUAAUUGUCAGUCGGGAAGACGACGAAUGGGUUCAUUCAUGA